GUUCAUCAAUGAGACAGAGCAGAACAUGGGUUCACCGGGGCAGGCCAAGCAGUGCCAGCUCCGGACCUUCCUGACCUACUACAUCAACGACCUGUUCCUGCACCAGGUCAGAACAGAGAUCAACAAGGACAUCCGGGCCGUCAGCAAGACAGCAGACCCACUGAAAGUCCUGGCUAGUGCCGAUACUAUGAAGGUCCUGGCGGUGCAGAGGCCCCUGCUGCAGAGCACAGUAGUCGUGGAGAAGUCCAUCCAGGACCUGAUGACUCUGAUGCAGGACCUGAGUGCCUACUCCAACCAGUUCCUGGAGAUGGUCUGUGACAAGCUGAAGGAGUACAAGGAGGUCUGCAACACCUCGUACAGGGGCAUAGUCCAGUGUGAGGAGAAGCUGACCAUCAGUGCGUCGUGGUCUAAGGACGAGGACAUCAGCCGACUGCUCCAGUCUCUCCCCAACUGGGCUAACAUGGCCCAGCCCAGACAGCUCCGACAGAAGAGAGAGGAUGAGGAGGACUUUACCAGGGCGGCAUUUGCCAAGGAGUCAGAGGUGCUGACGGGUAACCUGGGUGACAAGCUGAUCCCGCAGAACGAGAUCCUGCGUGACGUGAGCGACCUGAAGGCCCUGGCCAACCUGCAGGAGAGCAUGGAGUGGCUGGCCUCCAGACUCAAAGGCUUCUUCAUCAACCUGCCCCACGCUGCCAGUGGAUCUCCAGGCUCGGACCCCCAGGUGACCAAUGAGAGCGUCCGCAGCAGGGACCAGAUCCUUCAGACUCUGACUGACCUGUCCAGGGCCUUCCAGGACAUCGCUGACCGCUGUCUGCUGGUCCUCCACCUGGAGGUUAGAGUGCAUUGUUUCCACUACCUGAUUCCCCUGGCCAAGCAGGGGAACUAUGCCAUAGUGGCCAACGUGGAGAGCAUGGACUACGACCCCUUGGUGGUCAAACUCAACAAGGACAUCAGCGCCAUCGAGGAGGUGAUGGGCGCCGCGCUGCAGCAGCACAAGUUCCAGUACAUCUUUGAAGGUCUUGGCCACCUGAUCUCCUGUAUUCUGAUCAAUGGAGCCCAGUACUUUAAGAGGAUCAGUGAGUCUGGCAUCAAGAAGAUGUGUAGGAACAUCUUUGUGCUGCAGCAGAACCUCACCAACAUCACCAUGUCUAGAGAGGCCGACCUGGACUUCGCUAGGCAGUACUAUGAGAUGCUGUACAACGCUGCAGAUGAGCUGCUCAACCUGGUGGUGGACCAGGGCGUUCGCUACACCGAGCUGGAGUACAUCCACGCCCUCAGCCUGCUGCAGAGGAGCCAGACGGGCGUGGGAGACCUGAGCACGCAGAAUGUCCGGCUGCAGCGCCUCAAGGAGAUCAUCUGCGAGCAGGCAGCCUUCAAGCAGGCCACCAAGGACAAGAAGAUCACUACUGUUUGAGAGGGGGGACAUUGGGAGGCUGUUGUUGGCAAUGGUCUGUUUGUAUUACUGUCCAGUGUUUCUCAACCUCCUGUCUGGAUAAAGGGUUUAGAUUAAAGCUAGUAUUUGAGAGCUGACCUAGCAGUGUCAGCUAACCGUCUGAGGGACUGGUCAGCACCUCCACAGGGACUGGUGUUGAACUGGGUUUGUAAAAGUCCUAACUGAGUCUUCAUUAGAUCCCAUGGCAGACCGUAAAUAACCAUGUAAUAUGUUUUGGGGGUUGAGAUAAUGCUGGUAGGCUGUACAUUAAUUAGUUACUGAUUUAAGGGUUGAACUUAGUUACCAAUAUGUAUCCGUUGUUGUCACUCAUCUGUUUAUUCACUGGCAAGAAUGUAGCCAGUUCCUCAAGAAAUCACACACACACGCACACACUCUCCAACUUAAAAAAUUACUCCCUUCAAUCAUCCCAUAUGUGGUCGGCCCUAGUCUCACCUGUGGAGAAUGGGGGAAUUUUCUGAGAGUCUGGCUUUGGGGCCUUUCUCAUCUCAUUGUCUCAUUACAUCUAACUGCUGCUCUCAAUUACAGCUCUACCUCCAGCUCUCCCUCGUGGGCCCGCUGACUGUGUCUGCAAUACCAGAUGCCAGAUUAGACUGUCUAGAUUAUCACUUCUCUCCCCCUGCUUGUGGCCAUUUUGUGGCCAUUCUUCUUCCCCAAGGACAAAGAAAGGAAUUGGUUCCCCACCUCAGCUGUGGUUCACUCUAUUUUUCUCUCACUUUUAGAAUAAUGUAGAUUGGAUAUAAUGUAGCUAUAGCCGAUUCUGAUUAUGGUAUUUGCCACUGUCCUGAAAUGCAUUGACUGUGCUGCAGCGUUGAGGUGUACAUGUGUGCUAGGGGAUGAGGGCCAAUAUAUCCAGUACAAUUUAAGUGUGUAUUUUGUCCCAACACUCAAGGUCUUGAACUUAAUAGGGAUGUAAUUGCAAAUCACUAUUCCCCUUUCUACCACUACAACUGUUAACUUCUGCUAGAACUAUUCUAAAGUGAAUACACUUGCAAGGAGUCACAAAUCAUUCCUUCCCCUGCAUCCCCUCAGUAUAUUUAGUUAAUUAACUCAGAGGAAAAGUACUUAACAAGAGCGGGGGAGGGAGGAAAGAGAACAGGGGAGAGUUGAGGCAGUGCUGCUCACCCAGAACCCAGCGGAACCAUCCAUCAUAAUGACAUGUAGGCUGGGAUCAAUAUGAGCCUUGUGGUUGCCGGAGGGAUUGCUUCGUGCCAUAGGAACAGCAUUUGUUUUACUCAGCACACUCAAGACGUACACGUACACACACACACACACACAAUAAACACGUACUAUAUUACACACACACUAUGGAGGUCUCUGGCUUGCAGUACUCUGCACAACUGAUGAGUUUUUUUUCCUGCUGAUUUGGGAACAAGGGAACACUCCAUCUGUAUUGAAAUGAUCCGGUAUAUCGGACCCCUUUACCCACAUUUUAAAUAAUGGGGCAACUCAUUGUAAAGAUCUACAAAUAUAUUUCACUUGUUUUUUUAACGCUUUGCUUUAUUUGUUUGUUUACUAAGACGUGUCGUUUUGCACAUCUACAGUGUGUAAUAUGAGAGUGGUUUCAUGUCUGAUCAGUUUUUUCACAAACAUCUGAUAAGAAUGGAGGUUAAUGAGUCCCAGUGUGAUUUAAGGAUGUAUUUGAUCCUUUCUCCAUUGUCUGUUAAACGUCCCUUUCAGACCAACGCUUUGUCUAUCAAUCCUUCACUCAAUUAAAGAAAGAGGACCUGCCAUUGUGUACACUGAUCUUGCUGAAAUAAAACCUCAAAAUUCCCCUGUG